AUUACUAUAAAUAUCGCGUUCGAGCUUAUCAACAAAUUAUCGAUAUUUGUGUUAUUGGUUCAUCACAAUAUUUCUAGAAUUUCCAAGAAAAAAAGCUGAAUAAAACAAAAAAUAGCAAAUCAGCCAAAAUGGUCGACUACAGCAAAUGGAAAAAUAUUGAAAUUUCGGAUGAUGAGGAUGAAGUACACCCAAACAUUGAUACGCCUUCUCUGUUUCGCUGGCGGCACCAGGCGCGAGUUGAACGCAUGGCCGAAUCAGAAAAGGAAAAGGAGGACAUCAAGACGAAGCGCCAGAGUUUCCAAGCUCGUUUGAUGGACGUCAAAGAGCGUAUAAGCAAAAAAGAGGGCGACGAAGAAGCGCUUAAGAAAGAAUUGGAAAAGAUUGAAAACGAGGGCAAAGAGCUCGAUCGACAGGAGAAUGAAAUGAUCAAGAAGGAAAAGAAGACGCCAUGGAAUGUAGACACAAUCAGCAAACCGGGAUUCGAAAAGACUGUUAUCAACAAGAAGGCAGGCCGCAAACCAGAAGAAAAUCUGACCGAAGAGGAGCGUGAACAGCACUUGAAACAGUUCGUCAAGGAUAACGAGAAGCUAUGCAAGGAAUACGGCAUGCUGCGCAAGUAUGACGACUCCAAGCGAUUUCUACAGAAGAACUUGCAUUUAGUCUGUGAAGAGACCGCCAAUUAUUUGGUGAUUUGGUCCAUCAAUUUGGAGAUGGAAGAGAAGCACGACUUGAUGGCUCAUGUGGCCCAUCAAUGCAUUUGUAUGCAGUAUAUGCUGGAGCUGGCCAAGCAGCUCGAUGUCGAUCCUCGCGCCUGCGUCAGUUCAUUCUUCCAGAAAAUUGAGCAUUGCGGCGUUGAAUAUCGCCAGCAGUUCGAGAGUGAAAUUGAAGGCUUCAAGGGACGCAUUCAGAAGCGAGCACAAGAGAAGAUACAGGAAGCCAUGGCACAAGCCGAGGAGGAGGAGAGACAGGAGAAUAUGGGACCCGGUGGCUUACAUCCCGCUGAUGUGUUUGAAACCCUGCCAGAUGAACUUAAGGCUUGCUUUGAGUCCCGUGACAUUGAGCUGCUGCAAAAGACCAUUGCCAAAAUGCCAGUGGAUCAAGCCAAGUAUCAUAUGAAACGCUGCGUAGACUCUGGUCUCUGGGUGCCAAAUGAAGGCGAGAAUCCCUUGGACACAGAUGAGACAGAGGCAAAGGGCGAUGAUGCUGAUAAACCGGAAGAAACUACCUCAGAGAGUCCCAAAAAAGGUGAAUCCUCAAAGGAGGAGCCCAUUUAUGCUGGCGUUAGCACUGAAGACGUUGAUUGAUUGUUCGCUGAUUGAAUGCAAAUUAAAUGAUAUGCUUAAACUAUAAGUUUUACUUUAACUAUAUAUUCAUCCGUUGACAAUUGUAUCCAGCCAUCAUCCAAGCAUUUCGCAUUUCAUAGUUCAGUUCAGUUUGUAUAUAAUUUGUGUCAACUUAACCAAAUUCUCAGUACACUGAGCUUGAAAUUACAAUAAAAAUCAAGCUAUCAACGUA